AUGGCGAGUUGGUUCUUAGACCCAUGGGAGAUUAAGAACGAGGGAAAUUGGUAUAGGCGCAACGCCGGGGACUGUACGAAGGGAAGCCCCGACAGGAAGUAUUGCUAUAAGCCGUGGUUAGGGAAGGUACGAAUUCAGAACCCGAACCUAAAAUCCUGGUUAGACGAGGUGAGUGAGCAGUCCCAACAAGUAUGGAAGACGAGGCUGUUGGAGAAGCAAGUCGGGACAACGCGCAAAUGGAGAGAUAACACCGGACUGCCGAUGAAGUGGCCAGACUUGAUAGAUUGUGUGAUAAGGAAUGCAAUAGAAAGGGCACCAACAGACGCCAGUGAAGAGGACAACAAGGCUGAUGCAUGUUGGUCAAAGGGAUAUUGGAGGACUCUCGUUGAAAUAGACGGGGGCAAGACCACGUUGGACGAUAAUAACAGAGGCCAACAGUUAAUGGGUAUAAUAGGGUGUAUAAUAAUGGGACUGAAUAUCCAGGAGAAGGGUGGUAGGGACGAGGAGGUAAGGAAGUAUCUGGAGGAAUGUGGAGAGGUCAACAGUAUCUUGAGCUUCGGGCGAGACGUGACAGAAUAUAUAAGAACAGAAGACAUCGAAAGUCUCAAGAAGCUGAGUCAAAAUUGUAAAAAGAAGGGGGAGAAGUUUAAAUGUGAGGCGUCGUCGUGGUCUUUUCUCUUGAGUAUCCUCAUAGGUCUAGAUAGAUGUAUAGUUAACAGAGGGAGAUAUGAGUUAAGCCCCUGGAUGGAAGGGACGGCACUGAGUAGCAGUCAAAGCCGAUAUUUUACCAUCCCGCAGAAUAACACAAAAAUCAGGGUGGGUGACUCAAACUUAGACGAAAAGGCAAUAAAUAUAAAAGUAUCAAGCCAAGGAUGGCAACAGUAUAUCAGCCAGGAUCAUCAGAAGGCUGUCAAUGCCAAAGCCCAGAAGAGGAAAGAAAUAGAGGACAAGCUGACAGCCACGUUACCAGUGGAUUCGGGGGAAGAUGGGAAGGGUAGAGCCGAAAGCGCCGUGCCACGUCCCGCAGCAAGUAGUGUAGGCCUGACCCCCAAAGCAACAGAAGCUGAGAAGGACGAACCAGCACAGGGAGUAGCAUCCGCAACUGGGGGGGGGAAACCCCAAGGAAAUGAGAACGGGGUAGAAAGAGCAGCUAUAGCAGCUGCAAACGAGGGGGAGCACGAAACUGCCCCCACCUACUCCCAAGCAGGCGCAGAACCAAAGGGGGACGAGGGCGAGCUCAUUCUUGGAAAGUCAGGUAGUGAUCCCAAGUCACCAACAGGCCCAUCGGGCACAAGUGGAGGGGGGAGCGAAGUUAGUGGCGUCAUCGGGGACGAACUCCCCCCCGUCAACUCAGGGGGAGGCAAGGCUCGUGGGGGGACGCGGGAGUCAUCAACCACAACUGAUCCUGGGGCCACAAGUGGCGGAGUCGUAGGCGGCGCCAUAGGGGGACUAGUGGUAGCUUUAUUGGGAGCGGCAUCUAUAUAUGGGAUAUAUCGGAUAAGGGGGACUAAAAGGAAGCCUCAAAGAAGAGAAACGAGGCUGGAAGCGAAUAGAGUCGGGUAUGCAGGUUAUGCGUAUCACUGA